AUUGGUCAUUCCCUGAACCCUCUAUAUAUAUUCUCUUCAUUUGGGUUCUGAUAGACAACAACAAUUAGUGGGUUUCCCUUUAAAUCAAGCCCUCUCCAUGGAUCCUCAAGUUCUGGUACCUGCAGUGAUCUUCAUUGUGUCCUGUUACUUUCUUUACAGACGCAUAUCUGGUGCCAAAAAGCUUCCACCAGGGAGCUUAGGAUGGCCGAUAAUCGGCGAAACAAUUCCAUUCCUAUACAACAAACCAGAGAACUUUGUUGGAGAGAGAAUGAAAAGGUACUCAUCACAGGUGUUCAAGACCAGUAUAUUUGGUGAAAAAACUGCUGUGUUAUGUGGACCAGCUGGUAACAAGUUUAUGUUCACUAAUGAGCAAAAACUUGUCAAGGUUUGGCACCCACACUCAAUGCAGAGGCUCUUCUAUUCCAACAAGCCUCAACAGGCUGCUCCUGAGCCUGCUCCAGCUCCACAAGAGGCUGCGGGGAAGCAAGGCGCGCUGCGUUCCACCGGUUUCCUCAAACCAGAAGCAGUGAUGAGGUACUUGGACAAGAUUGAUAUGCUCACCAAGCUUCACUUGAAGACACAUUGGGAAGGAAAAGAACAAGUUGUGGUAUAUUCCAUCACAAAAACUUAUACCUUGGGCUUGGCUUGUCAAUUGUUCAUGGGAGUGAAUGAUCCGGACAGAGUAGCUAGACUCGUUGGAAAAUUUGAUGAACUGACAGAUGGAUUCCACACAAUGGGAUGGAACAUUCCAGGGACAGCAUUUUAUAAAGCAAAAAAGGCAGCCGCGGCAAUCCGAGAGGAGAUUCAACAGGUAAUCAAGGAGAAGACAGAUGCCAUGGCAAGUGGUGCUCAGAUGCAAGAUAUACUUUCAUACAUGAUUAGAGCAGGUCAGGAAGGCAAGUUCAAAUCCCCAGCUGCUAUUGCUGAGGCAAUCAUGGGAUUGAUUUCAGCUGGUUAUAGCACAACAGCCACAGCACUUACAUUUGCAAUGAAAUUCAUCGGAGAAAGACCCGACGUAUAUCAGAAGAUCCUCUCUGAGCAAAUGGAGAUCAAAUCAUCUGAAGACUUUAAGGGAGUUCUUGAUUGGGAUCACCUGCAGAAGAUGAAAUACACAUGGAAUGUAGCAAGUGAGACCAUGAGACUAAUAGCACCUCUGCAAGGAAUGUAUAGAGAAGCCAUAACUGACAUAACAUAUGCUGGUUUCACUAUUCCUAAAGGCUGGAAGCUUUAUUGGACAGUUAGUUCAACAAACAAGAACCCUGAGUACUUCCCUAACCCAGAAAAGUUCGAUCCUACGAGGUUUGAAGACGGAAAUGUACCCUACACAUUUGUUCCAUUCGGAGGAGGACCAAGAAUGUGCCCUGGGAAAGAGUAUGCAAGAGUUGUGAUUCUAACUUUCAUUCACAAUGUUGUGACAAAGUUCAAGUGGGAUCUUGUGUUUCCAAAUGAGAAAGUCAUCGGUGACAUGGUUCCUGCUCCAGAACUUGGCGUUCCAAUUCGCCUUCACUCAAACUAGCCUGCUGUUGAAACUUCAAAGCCACCUUUGUCAUUUAAUUUUGUCUCCUCUCCAAAUUUUUUUUUGUUUACUUCUUGUUUUUUUUUUUAUUUUUUGGUAUUAUAUGUAACAGAUUUUCAGAAAUAAUAGUUUUUACACAGUUGUUUUUGUACUAA